UGUAUGUCAUUUUUUAACUAAUUUUUACGAGCUCACCCAAACACAGCCGAUACACUAAUAGCUCCAUAUCAUAUUUCAUACCACACCACCCCAUAUCUCUUCACUUGCUCACCUUUCUCUAAUAACAACAGAUACAUCAUGAACAGGCUAAUUAAGAGUUGCAGACUUAAAGGGUUGAGCUGGAUCAGUAGCAUCACAACAUACAAUCAAAGAAUGUUUAGUGAACAAGGGGAAUCACACGGAAACAAAUGGAGGGGUCUAGUCAAAUGUGAUGCAAAUGAUGUGGCUCUGACACCUAUCAGUUUCUUGGAGAGAUCAGCUAAGGUUUUCAGAGACAGAACAUCGAUUGUUUAUGGUUCAGUUAGUUAUACCUGGGAACAUACUUAUGUUAGGUGUCUUAAACUUGCUUCUGCUCUUACCCAACUGGGUAUUUCCCAUCAAGAUGUUGUUGCUACUUUGAUGCCUAAUGUUCCAGCAAUGAAUGAGCUGCAUUUCGCAGUUCCAAUGGCAGGUGCUGUGCUUUGUACACUCAAUACCCGCCUUGAUUCGAAUAUGAUAUCGGUCAUACUUAGGCAUUCAGAAGCAAAGAUCUUGUUCGUGGAUCAAGAAUUACUUAAUGUUGCUGAAGGAGCACUUAAUCUUCUUGAGAAACCACCUACUUUGGUUUUAUUCCGCGAACAAGAUGACUCUUCCUCUCUUAAUGGUAAUUCUGGUAUCUAUGACUAUGAGAGUCUUGUGCAGGAUGGAAGAACAGAGGCCAUAAGACGACCAAAAUCAGAAUGGGACCCUAUCAGCAUAAACUAUACGUCAGGCACAACAUCACGGCCUAAAGGAGUUGUUUAUAGUCACAGAGGUGCAUAUCUUAAUUCGCUUGCCACAACUUUCCUUCAUGGAAUGGGACCGAUGCCCGUUUAUCUUUGGACUGUCCCAAUGUUUCACUGUAAUGGCUGGUGCCUGACUUGGGGGUUAGCGGCAUUGGGAGGCACAAAUGUGUGUCUUAGACGAGUCUGUCCAAAGGACAUCUACGAAAGUAUUGAUCAACACAAGGUUACGCACAUGAGUGGUGCACCAACUGUCUUAAAUAUGAUUGUGAAUUCCCCAUCUUGUGACAGAAAAACACUUCCUCACAAGGUUGACAUAAUGACAGGUGGCUCACCACCACCUCAAAAUAUCCUUUUCAAGAUGGAGGAGCUUGGAUUUCGCGUGUCCCAUUUGUAUGGACUCACGGAGACUUAUGGUCCAGGAACAUAUUGCAUAUGGCGGCCUGAAUGGGAUUCUCUGCCUAAAGAAGAGCAAGUUAAGCUCAAAGCAAGACAGGGGAUGCAUCACUUCUGUUUGGAAGACAUCGACGUCAAAGAUCCUAAUACAAUGAAGAGUGUUCCAGAAGAUGGAAAAACUUUUGGAGAGAUCAUGUUUAGAGGUAACACUGUGAUGAGUGGAUAUUUUAAAGAUGAAAGUGCAACACAAGAAGCUUUCAGAGGUGGCUGGUUUAGAAGUGGUGAUCUUGCUGUAAAGCACGCGGAUGGCUAUCUUGAAGUCAAGGAUCGAUUAAAGGAUGUUAUCAUUUCAGGUGGUGAGAAUAUCAGCUCUGUGGAGUUAGAAACCGUGUUGUACAGCCAUCCUGCAAUCCUUGAGGCUGCAGUGGUUGCAAGACCGGAUAAUCACUGGGGUCAGACGCCUUGCGCAUUUGUGAAACUUAAGGAGGGAUAUGAGAUUGACGCGGAGAGUAUCAUCAAAUUCUGUAGAGAUAAACUACCUCAUUACAUGGCACCUAGGACAGUUGUUUUCGAAGACCUGCCAAGAACCUCAACUGGGAAAGUUCAGAAGUUUGUGCUAAGGGAUAAGGCAAAGGUUAUGGGUAGUCUUUCAUGACCAUGAAAGAGUUCCAUGUUGAAUACUUUUUAUAUUUACACGACAAUCCAAUACUUGA